UAUACAAAACUAAGAAGGCUUAGUUAGUGUCGCUUUGUUGUUGUAAUUAAGACAGCGAGGCCACCUGGUUCCUGUACAUUUUGGAGGCAGUACCUUCGGUGCCCAGGACCAAAAAUGGGGAGAUGGACGAGUGUAUUGGUGCUAAUAGGACUCCUAGGAACUCUUUCUCCUGCUUGCGCCAAAGGACUUCCGGACGAAGCCGAAGCCCUGGCCAGAGGCGGCUCCUUCGAAACCUGCGCCUGCGAGGACCUCUCCCAGCCCUGUGUUUGCAGGGAACCGGACGGGUUCAUCGUCCAGAAUAAAACGACGAAAACGGGGACCUACAAGGUAGACCUCGGAAAGCUGUCUUCUCUGGUGGUCUUCUUCCUCGGGGACGACAUGCCGACCCUGCAGUCCUUGUGCUACCUGCAGGUCGGGGAUAUUGCGUUCAAGAGCAAGGACAGCGUCAAGGAGGAGAAUUUCAUCGUGGUGGACACAGACGCCGCCAUUACGAUGGUCACCUAUCGCUGCGAUCAGAUCAGGGUCAUGUACUAUACCUUUCCGAAGGAGUUCAACAAGACGGUGUCCGUGGCGGAGGCGCCGUGGGGACCCUCGUGGCGCCACCGGACCAGACCGGCUACUUCCUCUACCAGCCGAUGGUGCAGUCUCUCUGGAUCCUGGACGUCGGCCCCGCGGGUUCCCGGAUCGACCUGACCUUGAACUGGGUCGACCUCGGGAGCCAGAACCCGCUCAUUCACGACUAUGGGAAGGUCAACGUUUCGAACGGCGACUUCCUCCUCAUCGGGCGGGGACCGGAUGUUCUGGGAGGCAGGGAGACGAUGUUCUUCGGGCGUCGAGAACAGCCCCAGCGAGUCUCCAUCCCCAGCAACGUGGCUCAUGUCUUCUUCUAUUCCCUGUAUUCGUUCUACAACUCGACGGGCUUCAACAUCACCUACACUUCGACAG